AUGCAAGCUCCUACAGUGGAACAGACAUCUGUUUUGCAAGUGAAAACUGGACACCAAGGCUGGCAAAAGAAGUUGACUAGAAUAUUUGAAGACAUUGGUGAACCUUUUAGGGCAUUUAGAAAGCCAAAAACUACACUGAGAUGCAUCUUUGAACAAAACGCAUUGGACGAAAGUUGGUAUAAGAGAGUCAUAGGAGCUUUGAAGACCUUCCAAGUUUCAGACGUAUCAUUAACCAUAGAUACACCAGCUCAGAAGGGAAAUGAGAUGGAAUAUCAUCAGAAGGGAUAUUUAUGUGGAAACAUCAAAUUUGGAAUGUUCAUCAAGAUGCUUGGGAAAACAGGCAUUAAAGUGUCCGGAUGUGAAUAUGGUUUCGCGUCUUCCGUCUAUAACAUUCCACACUUGAAGCCACCACCUCCCAUGUAUGAAUCUUGGAACCGGGACACAGUGCCUCCUUUCAUAGUGCAUAGCUAG